UCCCCGGGACGGGGGCUCGGCUGGGCCGCGGCGGCUCCCGAUGGCUGCGGGGGUGGGGGGGCGAGGGGAGGAGGCCGGGCCCGGCGGUAACCGGGGGCGGGAGGUGGUGGUGGCCGUGCACGCUCGUAACCAAGUACACAACUUCCAGAAGCUUCCAACUUCGCGUGGGAUGUGGUGUCGCUUCUUGGGUCCGUCUCCCUGGAAAGAAUCCCCUCUUCUCUCCGUGAAAACCCGGCUCGUUUCCUGCGGCGCUGAGACGGGAAGGGAGUAGCGUGGGAGCCGGGGGAGGCUGCCUGCCCCUGGCCCCGCUGCCCUUCUAGGCGGUUGUCUCCACGGAGAAGUUGCCCUCCUUCCCGGGCAUCUUCCCUCAUGCACAGCAUCUCGUGCGCGGCGUCGCUCCCCGGCGGCCGUGGGGUUCGUGCCUUGGUGUGCGGCCGGCGCUGCUCCGGUGCUCACCUGUGCUGCUGCUCUCGCAGGCCCUUCCCUUAGCCUGGGGGAGAUCUUCGCCUUUCUCCGUAGUUUGCUGUGGAAAACUGUUAGAAUAGAGAAUGUCUAACCUGAGCCGGCUAUUGGUGUGAGUGCUGAGGCUGGCUGGACUAUAGAGGUAGUAAUAUAUAACACUCAGGUGUGAGGUUGUAUCUUCUGUGGUGUUGGUUAGGAGUCAGUAAUGGUGUUGUAAUGCUUUUUCUUCACUUUAUGUUGUCAUAUCUCUUUAAUUUUCAGGUGUAUGACUUUUGAAGGGUUUUCUCUCAUUAAUCAGUCUGAAACUUGAGGCACACCAAGCAUUCCCUGUCUCCUGAAUUUGUCUAGCAGUAAAAUAAAAAAUGUAUUAGCUAGGUUGUCAGCUCUUUGAGGCAGAAACUGUUUAGGUCUGUACCAAUCCUGAUGGAGAAAUUUGGCUCAGGCCUUCCUCCAAGCCUCUGAGUCAAUAUUUGUUAGUUCCAAUAGUGUAGGAUAAUAAAAGGAGUUGCUUCAAGUUUCUUCUAGUCCUAAACGUGGUCUAGUGUUGCUGUGCCACUCCUUGUGUCCACUCGAGGACUCCCGGCUCGCUCCGGCACAGCGGAUGGCGGGGGACACUCUCCCGUGCCUCGGGAAGGCAGCUAAGGCUUUUGGCCUUGCGGGGGCCCUACCUUAGAAACACAGAUGGUGGAUGAUGAAACUGAGACUGCAGGUGAAGAAUUGCCUCCUCAUCUGCGGGAAGAGCCUCCCGAAGAUGCCAGCAAGGACCACCCACAGCAGCAGGCAGGAGUCAUCUGGAGAGUGACAGGCGGCCUAUUCAGUAUCACCCGGGGAGCUGUGGGGGCCACACUGGGAGGAGUUGCCUGGGUGGGCAGCAAGAGUCUGGAGCUCACCAAAACAGCUGUGACCAGUGUCCCCGCUGCUGGCGUUGGACUGGUGAAGGGCAGCGUCUCAGCAGUGACCGGCGGCGUCGGAGCUGUGGGCAGCGCGGUCGCCAGCAAAGUCCCUUUCACUGCAAAGAAGAAGGACAAGGCUGACUAAUCCCUGUCACAGCUCCCUUCCAAAAGAUCAACCUGCCCAUACUGUCCCCCUACCCAGCACCUCUUUGAGUUGGAACCAGCCGCUUCAGGGAGGGUCGAGCACCCGAGCAGACUCUGGCUGCAGCCUGCUCAGCACUGCCUGCCUAGCUCAGAGCUCACAGAGCCACUGUCAAUGCCUUUCACUCCCAUCACCUACUGGGAACCAUCUUUACUCUGGGGACUUUAAAGGUGUGGUUGUCUCUGUCUUGUAGUUUCCUUCCUCCCUUCUUGUUCUUGUAAGCAUGGAGGGAUGGGAGAAAGCAUCAGGCUCCAUCUGCCUGGAGGUGAAGGGAGUAACAGGGUAUGGAGGGGAACUAUGCCUGGUUUGAAGUGUGGGUUGUGUGGUCAAAUUCAACUUCAGCUGGAAAGAUAGCCUCUGAAACACCCCUUCCCUCUGUAAGGUGUGUUUGGGAGGUGUGCCUAGUAGAGAACUGCAGAAGUCCCAUCGACACAAAGGAGAAAUACUGUGAAGAGGGGGAAGCCUCCCUCCUGCCCUGUACCUCUUACCUUUUCUUUGCAGGGCCCAUCCCCACAAGCUGCUCCCAGUCACUUACUCCCCAGCUGAAUUGAACCCUUCAGAGAGGGAACCCUCAAGCUCAGCAGAGCAGCUCUGGGGUGAUGCCUCACUAGGGCAUGAUACAUCCCAGACCAUCAAGUUCUGCACAAAUUUUCUUGGUGGGAGGGAGGAAUAUGAAAGCUGCUGUAUGUUCCCAUUUGGGGAAGGAGCUGACAGUGUCACUUGCCAGGCCUCUGUGAUAUUGCAGUACAGGCAGUGAUGUUCCACAGAGAGACCAGGCCUUUUGUUUGACCCUUGAAGUCCUUCCAGUAUCCCACUCCGUAACAAGGGCAUUUCAUCUCUUGGCCACACUCACGCUCCACAGACAUCACUAGUAACCAGGAGCAAGUGUGUUCCCAAAUGCCACCCAAAUUCUGCUGCAGGGAUGGAGGGGAAGCUGAGAGUCUUGCUCUCCCCACGACUCAGCACCCUGGGAGUGAAGGCCUGGGUGUGAGUGGGCUGCACCAUGUUGGAGAACACUUCCCAAGGUGCUGAGCGUGCUCCAACAGCAGUUAGCCUGCAAAGGGCACCAGCAACUCCUCUUCUGCACGCUGCUCCUGCGGCCCCAGCCGGGUUCCUCUGAAUGACCACGCUGCACUACAUAGCCCACCCAUAGUCGUAAGGCUGCAGAAACCCAGACACCUGCAUCCAUCUGGGAGUCACAGCCAUCCUCAGCCUGGCCUGUGAUGCUCAAGGGGCCAUGUGGCAUCGUACACACACAUACAAACAUGCACUCACUCACUCCCUCCAAGGUCCCCUGUAAUUCUUGGGAUGAGGAAAGCCACAGGCUCCAGCAUUAACUCUGCUGCUUCUGGCUUUGGCAGGUGAUUUGCCUAGGUCUGUAGGUGUUGGAUGCUUUGGCAGGUGAUUUGCCUAGGUCUGUAGGUGUUGGAUGCUUUGGCAGGUGAUUUGCCUAGGUCUGUAGGUGUUGGAUGCAUAGGCUUGUGCUGUAUUUUAUAAACAUGCAUCUGUGUUAGCGUGCGUGUGUACGUGUAAGUCCACAGGCAUGUCUUCAGCCAGGGAAAUAAACCUGUGCCACUGCCGCAGAGGAGUUCACACAGUCAUCUUUGGCACUUUCAGCAUACAGUUUUUAUAUAGGGUCCUGGUCAAAAGAAAAAUCAUGUUUUAGAGGAUGUUUUGCCCUCUGUUGCCCAAGAGCAUCGUUUAUUGAAACCAAAGGAAUGUGAAAAAUCCCCUUUCUCCUGUCUGUGCUGUUUGUUUUCUCUCAGCCGUAUCUUUUGGACAUUGAAUCCAACUUUCUUGAUUUUCAUUUCCCCUUGGAGGUCGUUGCACUUCCUGACUGCUCUCUCGUGCUUAGGACUUAGACAUCAGGGAAUAUUUAAGUACAACACACAUACACCCCCGCCACCAUUUUUGCUGAAUGUUCUUGAGCUUGUGAUGCAGUUUUUGUUCUGACCUUUAUUAAAUACACAUUUUGGGAUGUAUGUUGCUGUGUCCCCCUGAUAAUCAUGCUGGUGUUAGUCACUCUCCAUACCCUUUGCUAGGUAGCCCCUCCUGUUUGCAGUGGUAAGAAGCUGCUGAUCUCCACAGUUUGCUACUCUUGAUAGCAUGAGAAAGGUUUGACUUACAUUUUUGUUUCUGAAGAGGAAGCAGCAUUUGGUAGGUGUGUGCAUUUCCUCACUUCGUGCCCUUUGUUCUGGUGAAGGCCAAGUUGACCCUGACAUGCCAGUUUUGUCUCUGAAGGCAGUGACUUCACAGAAAGAUCAGGCCUUGAUGUGUGCCUGUACUUUGCUGGGAUGCUCGUGGCAGUUGUCAAGGCCAGAAGAAGUCUUGUCUGUUCUCCCUUUGUCUCAAACGCCCUGCAAAGCUGGAGGACAGUUUGCGCUGCACAGAUCUCUGCUCACUGCUCUCCCUGAGCACAACUCAUCUCUUAUUCCAGAUCACAGACUGCCUCUGAAGCGAGCUCUAGCCCCAAAGCUGAAAGCUGCUUCUGUGUAACUAGCUGUGUUGUCACCAACCCUCUGAGAAAGAUAGCUUCUGGCCAAUUGGGACAGAAGAGUCUUUUUCCUAAAUGUCUAUCCCAGGCCUUGGACAGGAGAAGAUAGAAUCUAAGAACCUUCAGCAGCCAGCCCUGGGUGGGUGGUGGGAGGCUGAUUGUGCUUUUGGCUAAAUAGUGUCUCACACGGGCUCUUGCUGGGGGAGGCAGUACAUCCUGCCCAAGCUGUUGUCUGCAGGCCCUGUGUGUGUACAGAGCAGGUGUGGCAAAUGGGAUAAAGGCGAUGUAAGGAAGGCCACUGGGGCCCUGAGGGUUUCCCAUCUUUCUGUUUCUUCUCUACUGUGCAUCCUUGCAGGAAAUAGAGGAAAGCCUGUCAUUUGUCUGGAACUGCCAUUUCCUUGCAGGAUGGCCUGGAGAAGAAGAGAUGAGCUGGAGAGGAGAACUCACAGCUGAAAUCGCUGUUCUUACAGCCCAGCUAAAGGACAGCUCAGGGACCAUGAGUAGCAACAGAUCAAAUUAGCAGGCAGGGGUAGAAGAUUAAAUCUACUCCAAAAACAAGGCCUCACACUGCUAAACAGGCAUUCAGGAAUAAGUAACUCUCCAGGACUCAAAGGCUUUAAGAAAGCCUGUGCUAGGCCUGCUCAGUUGCCCAUGGUGACCCAGUCCCAGCCCGCUCUUCUGGGCAUUUACAGUGCCAGAGCAGAGGGAAAACGGGUCAGUCUUCCCAGUCUACAAGUAAAGAUGCCUUCUGACAACUUUGGUUGCAGGACAGUGGGAUCUGGAUUGGAUGGGGAAGCUGUUGGCUCUUGUCAGAUGCUCUAUCUUUCCCCCUCCAGCCACCUGGGCUACUGGUGUAGCCCUUCUCUCACUGCCCAUUCAUGGUACGAAGGGCAAAAACAGUGUUGUGCAUAAAUCCCAUGGCUACCAGAUCGGGUAGCUUGGUACAAAGUAAGAGGGGGUGGUAUCGGGUAAGAGGGGGUAGAGGGAAGGAUUAAAGAGAGUUGAUACACAGAAGAUGAGGAGAGAGUGGUGUGACAGAAGGAGUUGAGGAGUGAGGCAACAAGAAAAUGAGGACCAUGGAAAAAAUUUGUUUCUUAGGACAGGCUUUGAAUCAGAAGAUGAGUGCAAUGGAGUUUGUCCUAGGGAAGAGCACAGAAAGGGGAGUGGGUCAGUGUGGGUUUUGGUGUGUGGUGGUGGUACAUGCCUGGCUUGUGCCCUGCUUCCAUAGUAAUGAUGAUUGCUAGCAAUUUUCAUUUAGGCAGAUCAGUGGAUGGUUGAAGCAUCAGACCAGCUUCCUUCUUAUCACCCACCCUUCCCAAAUCUCUCCUGUGAUCUCCCCAUGAUGGGGCUGGGUCUCCCCCAUGGUGGAGAUGGGAUGUGACCCUGUUUGCAGCCCUGUGUCCCACCUUGCCUGGCUGUUCCCUGUGCCCAACAAACAUGUCCUAGCUGAAAGGAGACCCACAGGUGCAUCCUCUCCUCCCUUUUCCCUGACCUGUCUCAUUGUCCUUAACUUUUUUAUCCCUCCCUUAGCUUUCAGUCUUGCCCAUGGAUAGAGCUCCCCACAGCUUUUGCUGAGACCUUUGUUAAACAUCCACACUCACAUUGUCUGGGAGACCAGAGGGUGAUUGCCUCUACAGCUCCCCUGGCUGGGAGAGAAUUGCAUGUCUUCCACCCCUCUCUGUUCCCUUGUGUCUUGCGUGUGGAAAAUCUUAACCCACUUCUUUUUCUCUGGGUUCCCUUGUUGGCUCUUAUCCCUGUGGGUGGGUCAUUUCUGUAUCUCCAUUGCAAAGUCAUCUUGUUAAAACAACAGCACGAGUGGGAAUAUGGAGAUGGUUAGAGAGAGCCGAGAGCCAGGGCCCAGCUCUGCUUCUGUAGGAGCUGAGGAGGCCUUCGGCAACCCAAAACUGCGGCCAUGCGGUCCUGUGCACAGUGCUGGGCUCCAGAGAACACUUUUGUUCUUUAUCAUUUCGUUGUCUGUAAUUGGUUUCCUACUAAAUUUGUUUGCUUGGUUUGUUUUGCAGUGUGUUUCCGGGAAUAUUCUGCAUCUCUGUAUUUUAAUUACAGUAAAAUUUGAGGAUAAAAACCA